UUGGAACAGUCAUGGAACCUGGAGCAAUUGUGGGAAAUGAUUAUCUCGUUCAAUAUCGUAAUAUUUCGUCUAAACUAAAAAAACGAUUUCUGAGAAAACCUAAUGUAGCUGAAGCAAGUGAGGAAUUUGGCCAGUUGGCCCGUGAGUUGAGUGAAGGGGAAGCAUGGUCCCAGGCUGGUUUGUGCUGUGUUGCUGUGGCCAAGUGUGAACAGACUCUUGUUAACCCUACCACUGAGGUCUCGGCCAUUACCCAAGCUGCCAGAUAUUUCCUCAAGGCUGAGGUUGUAAACCAUCACCUUCAUUGCCCUAGCUUUAAUGAACAUCUCAUGACAGCAAUCAGCUGUUAUCAGCAUGCUGUGCAGCUCUAUACUGAACACAAGAAACCAGCUCUGGCAGCAUCAUUAGCUGUGGAAUUAGGCCAGGCACUUCGAUCCCUAGGCCGGCCCUCAGAAGCCUUAACUCAUCUCAGAUUAGCAGCCGAUUUGCAGGUUGACUCACCUCUCCAUCACCUGACAUGCUUGGGUUAUAUAGCCUCGUGCAAAAUAGAACUAGGAGACCUUCAUGGAGCUUUAACAGAAUUUACCAAGAUGACUAAUGUUAUAGAGCAGCAUGGGGGACAACCCUUGACUGGUGCAUACAAAGAUAUCCUUGCAAGGUGUGAAAUCUCCCUGCUGUUGAUUCUCCUAACUCUUCAGCCUUUACCACAACACACCAAGCCUCCUCAUGCGCAGUUGCUUGAAAAAUACUCAUGGACUAUGCCAGAUACACAACAAACUGAUGUUUGGCAUGAUGAUGCAGAGUUGAUUGUGUUGCUCCAGUCAUUGGUGUUAGCCUGUCAGGGUCGUGAUACCCAUGCUCUUACCACCUUGAGCCAACACCUUACACCACUUUUAAGUGCAGAACAUCUUCACUUAUUGCAUAUCCUUGUUACUGAGAUGAACAGGACCUAGAUAGGCUUGAUUACAAAAUAAUAAUGAUACAAUUUCAGAAAGGUUAGUAAUAAUAGUAAGAUUUAGUAUUCAAAGACCUUUAAUAUACUGAAGAACACUCAUUUACACAUAUACACACCCAGACACAUACAUGUUGUUACUUCAAGAAGAGUUUGUUUAGUGUCCAAACAAAAAUAAAAAAUAUUAUUUUUUCAAGUUCUGAAGUAUUUUAAUUAUUCAAAUUAUAUUUCCUUCACCAUGUUGGAUUAUUACAUUUAUUGUGGCUGAUACACUUAUACAUUACACAUUCCUUCUUCAUAUGAAAUUAAUUAUUGAUUAUGCACUAGUUGUUGAGAAAUUGUGAUAUAUUUAUUUCAACAUAUUUUUAUCAGAAAGUUUAUGUCUAUGAUGUUACGAAAAGAACAAAUAAAUCCUAUCCAUAGA